AAAUCAAAAAAGGAAUAUAGAAAAGCUGGUCUCCUUCGUUUCACUCCGUCAAGUCCAGUUUGGUUGGUAUCUUAUCUGCCUCCUUUCUUCUGCUCUUCGUUGAGCUUUGAACAUGGCGGUCUCUCUUCACUCUCCGCCGAGGAUUCACGAGCCUUCUCUCAGCUGUGCGACCAAGCUUUAUUCGGGGCUGAAGUUUCAAUCCGCAAGUCCGUUGAUAGCUGCAAAACCUAAUGCGACUGCUGAAUUUUACGGCAAAGUUAAUAAGAGCCUCCAGUGCAGGAACCAUAAACCAGUUCGUGCACAGAUUAAGAUGAUGCCUAUAGGAACACCGAGAGUUCCCUACAGAACACCUGGUGAGGGAACCUGGCAGUGGGUUGAUUUGUGGAAUGCCCUCUAUAGAGAGCGAGUCAUCUUCAUUGGGCAGAACAUAGAUGAAGAGUUCAGCAAUCAAAUAUUGGCAACUAUGCUGUAUCUCGAUAGCGUUGAUGAUUCGAAGAGGCUCUACUUUUACAUCAAUGGCCCUGGUGGAGAUCUUACUCCUAGCCUGUCAAUAUAUGACACGAUGCAAAGUUUGAAGUGUCCUGUCGGGACCCACUGUGUAGGCUAUGCCUAUAAUUUGGCAGGCUUCCUUCUCGCAGCUGGAGAGAAGGGUCAACGAUUUGCAAUGCCGCUUUCAAGGAUAGCUCUACAAUCUCCUGCAGGGUCAGCCCGGGGUCAGGCUGAUGAUAUUCGCAAUGAGGCUGACGAGCUUCUAAGAAUAAGAGACUACCUCUUCAACGAGUUGGCAAAGAAAACAGGUCAGCCGGCUGAGAAGAUUUACAAGGACCUGAGUAGGGUGAAACGGUUCAAUGCUCAAGAAGCCCUUGAGUACGGGCUCAUCGACCGCGUUGUGAGGCCACCCCGUAUUAAGGCUGAUGCACCACGGAAAGAUAAUGGAGCAGGUCUUGGAUAGACUUUGGGAUUCGGCAGCACCGCGUACUUGAAUCAGUCUGGGCUAGACCGGCAAAUUAUCGGGAUUCGGCUUGAUCGCAGAGUCAAUACUAUAUAUAAUCUUCUUUUGAAUUUUAGCAUAAAUUCGAGUAAGCCGUCUUUUUCUCAAACUCAAAGGUCAAAAUGGAUUCACUUCCUCCACCAUUUGGUUUAUGGAUGAAGGAGCUUUCGUUUCGCUUAUUAGCUUUUUAGUGCCGAUAUUUAAGCGAAGCCAAGUACAGUACACAUUGUUGUC